UAUUCUGAAAAUUUGCUCCCAUCUUUGCUGCCUUAAUCUUGGCUACAAUAUAAAGUAUCCUCGUCGGUCUCCUCUUGUUUCUCGCUGUUUGUUUGUUUGUUUUUUUUGUUUUUUUUUUUUUCAACUCUAAAGUGAAAAUUAAAGAAAAAAAAAAUUUAAAGAUUUGGCUUUACUUUCUGCAAAAUUCACAGUCCGUCAAGGAGAGUAGACCUAGACCCUUUUUUUUUUUAGUGUUUAUUUAUUUAUUUUUGUUAUUACAAACCCUCCUUUAUUGAUGGGGCUGUGUUUCUUCUUUUUCUUUUGCAACAGCCACAACUAAAAUCCUUUCUUUUUAUCUUUAUAAGCCACCCUUUCUUUUUCUUUUCUCUUCUUUCUGGUUCUUUUGUUUGUUCAAGAAAGAAAGGGAAAAAAGGAAAAAAAUCUUCAAGAAAAGAGAGCCAUGUCAGGUUUGUAUAAUCCCAACUUCUCACCUGCAAGAGCUGCUUCUCCUCAGAUUAGAAGCACUCCAGAUGUUGACAGUCAGUAUUUGUCAGAGUUGUUGGCAGAGCAUCAGAAGCUUGGACCAUUCAUACAGGUUCUCCCGAUAUGUAGCCGACUGUUAAAUCAAGAAAUUUUUCGGGUUUCGGGAAUGAUGUCCAACCAAGGAUUUGGCGAUUUGGACAGACUGCGGCAUAGAAGCCCCAGUCCUAUGGCUUCAUCAAACCUUAUUUCCAGUGUUGCUGGAACAGGUUUAGGCAGCUGGAAUGGUCUUCCACACGAGAGAUUGAGUGGGCUCCCUGGAAUGACAAUGGACUGGCAAGGUGCACCUGCAAGCCCUAGUUCAUACACUGUGAAAAGAAUUUUGCGCCUGGAAAUUCCAGUAGAUACUUAUCCAAAUUUCAAUUUUGUUGGGCGACUUUUGGGCCCUAGAGGCAAUUCACUGAAACGGGUGGAAGUUACGACGGGCUGCCGUGUAUAUAUUAGAGGGAAAGGAUCAAUAAAGGACCCAGACAAGGAAGAGAAGUUAAGGGGAAGACCUGGAUAUGAGCACCUGAAUGAUCCUCUUCACAUCUUAAUUGAAGCUGAUUUGCCUGCCAAUAUUGUUGAUAUGAGGCUGAGACAGGCACAAGAAAUUAUAGAAGAACUGCUCAAACCUGUGGAUGAAUCACAAGAUUUCAUCAAGAGGCAGCAGUUGCGGGAACUGGCGUUGCUUAAUUCAAGUUAUAGAGAAGAGUCUCCUGGUCCAAGCGGUAGUGUCUCUCCUUUCAAUACAAGUGGAAUGAAACGCGCAAAAACAGGACGCUGAGAGAUUAUUCCUACUCCUGUAUGUAUUGACAUUCAUCCUGCAGCAGAAUUUCAUGGCUGAGUAUAGCUUCCAAUACAUCUCAAUCAAAUCAGCACAGCUACAAAGAAUAGGCUAACAGUUAUUGCUGGUGAGCUUUCUGGUGGGGGGUUUCCUUUAUUUUGUUUAUUUUUUUUUUCUCCCAAGAUAAAAAAAGACAAAAAUGGAAAACAUUAAAAAAAAAAAAAAGAAUUAUGUAGCUGGUUCUUGAGUUUAGGCUUGCUGAGGUCAGUUAUUUUUUCAUGUAAACUUUAAUAUAUUCAUUGGAUUGAUUCUUGUGGUGGAAACUUUGAGUGUGAAAUAUGUGAAAGUGGGAAGAAGGGGGAAGAUGUUAAAGACAAUUGAGUCCUGACUUUUGUAGUUGUCUUUAUUUUUCAUAGUGUGAUAAGAAAAAAGUAUUCAUAGUUAAAA